AUGCAGCACUUCAACUUCUUUUGUUCUUCAACACCGCCUAUUCCUCUUCUACGCAAUCAGCCCGUCUGCCUGCUGGAGAGUCAACGAUGUCUCAACAUCAACAUAUUCUUGCGGCAGUUCAAGAUGUUGGAGACCAGCGUGAUCGACCUCCUGCGGACCGGGAGCAGUCGGGUUAUCGGUCCUGAGCGCCUCCGAGGUCUGCUAAAGUUGCUGCCCAACGAGCACGAGCUUCAAGUGCUCAAGGGCUAUUCCGGCAGCAGAAUAGGACUCGAUCCUGCAGAGCAGUUCUUCAUUGACUUGGUGCGAAUUCCUGAGUAA